AUGGCGAAGUCUGCGUCUUCCGUCGACUGGCUGAAUAGGGUGUUCGGCGACUCCAAGUACUCAGACCUAACCAUCGAAUGCGGCGAGAGCACAUGGCACGUCCAUAGAGUCGUCAUAUGUGCGCAGUCGCCCUUCUUCGACAAGGCCUGCUCAAAUGGUUUCAAGGAGACAUCAUCCAAGCUCAUCAAACUUGAAGAUGAUGACCCGACGAUCGUCCGGGAGAUGUUGAGAUACCUCUACACGGGCGACUAUCUCGAGCAGACGAAGGAGGGAGAGGAAGGUUCUCGGCGCAGCGCACUGAGCACGAAUGUGCACAUCCACACCAUUGCGGAUAAGUAUGACAUCCCCGCCCUGGGUGACGUUGCCAUCAGCAAAUUCUCCGCCCGUGCUGCUAGAGAGUGGAAGACCGAGGCGUUCGCCGGUGCCAUCGAGGAGAUGUACACUUCCGCGAACGAGAACAAGGAGCCAAUGCACAAAGCCGCCGUCGCCAUCGCAGCCGAAAAUGCGAAGACGCUUCUCAACGACGAUUGUGGUCAGGCAUUUCGAAAGAUUGCGGAGGCAGUGCCCAAGUUCGCAGCCGAAUUAUCGAUCGAGAUCGUCAACAUGAAGGAGAAGAUGCCGCCAACCUUUGCGAGAUAUCGCUGUCCCAAUUCGAUGCGCUGCAACAAGGUCAACAUGCUCGAAGGUUUAGGCCAGGCCAGCGGUAGUCGGACAUGCACCUACUGUUCGAAUCAAUAUUAUGUGAAUGUUUGGGUUUCGAAGAAACUCGACGAUUAG